UUUUACGACGGACGUCUUGAAAAACAAACCAUCUGAUUGUUUGAUGCGACGUUUCUCUUCCAGAUAGAUUAAAAUUGACUCCCGCUCUGCGGGAUAUUGACGUAGGAACACUGAAGUUGUCCAGUCAAAACAAUUUUAGUGCGAACAUUAUCGCUGACGGCUUCUAAAACAGCUACAGCUUUCUCACUUGCUGAUCUUUUUAAACUUUACCGCUUUCGUUUGCGGACAUGUUCAUUUCACACACGCGCAGUUGCUAUUAUGUCUCUACAGAAGCUGCAUUAUUAAAACUUCCGUGAAUUGCUUCAAUUUACAUUGCAUUAAAAAAUGUGAAAAACUAUUUAUAUUUAAAAACGAAAAAGCAAAUAAGUAAUAAAAUUAAACUCUAAAUUAUUUGCUCUUAUUUAAAUAGUGGUUAACACACAUUAAAGAUAAUGAAGAUCUUAUUAGUCGUUCUCGUUGUUUUCGCAUCGGUAGAUGUGAACUCUGGGAGAAGACGCCGGUCUCAGAGUUGCAAAGAAAAGAUGGAUUUUAGUGCAAGUAUGGUUUUUACCGGAACUGUGCAAAGACUGUACCGCUCAAGAGCAGCAUUGUACCGAGGAGUGGUAAAGGUGAAACGGGUACUGAAAGGGGAUUCAAGUUUUGCCGAUAAUACCAUCAUUGUUGAAGGUUUUGGUGAUACGAAUAUAUGCAAUAGUGAUGUUAGAGAAAGGGACACGAGGAUAUUUCUUGUGAGUUUGCUGGAAAAUGGUCAUCUGAGACUAAAUUCCAGUGUCGUGCGGGUCAGUUUGUCGAAUUUGGACAGAGUUGCUGCUGCCGUGAAAGGUUUGCCUCUCCAGGAAAGAAAACCUGUGCCCGAAAGUGAAUGCGAGAAAAUGUACUGCGCGUAUGGGGCAUUAUGCCUGGUGGAUAAACGAACGCAACAAGCACAUUGCCGGUGUCAGGAAACGUGCUCAGACGUGUUUGCUCCAGUAUGCGGAAGUGAUGGGAUUACCUAUUCAAGUGAAUGUCAGCUGAGAAUGGCUUCUUGUACGAAGCAGAAGAGAAUAUUUACAAAGCAUCAAGGGCCGUGUGAUUUGAAAGAUCCAUGUGAGGAGAAGGAGUGUCAUUUUGGAGCUCAAUGUCAACCCUCUUUGGACGGUAGGUCAGCGGAAUGUAUUUGUCCAGAAAAAUGUGCUACUUACGGCGACAGCAGGUCAAGGCCAGUGUGUGGCACAGAUGGCAAAGAUUACCCGAAUGUAUGCGAAAUGAGAAGAACGUCCUGUCUUGAGAUGAGAGAGAUAGACGUCAGAUACAAAGGCCGCUGCGAUCCAUGUGAGAAAGUAAAAUGUCCUGCUUAUCAGGUUUGCCAAUUAGACGAGAACAGGAACCCUGCUUGCAGGUGCAAUGACGUAUGCACUAUGGAUUUUAGACCAGUAUGCGGAUCAGACGGACAGACAUACGCCAAUGAAUGCGCUUUAAGAGCUGAAUCUUGCAAAAUGCAAAAGAAUAUUCGAGUCAUUUACUCAGGAGACUGCAGCUCUGGUUCGAACCCUUGUGACCUCAUCAGAUGCGGUCCUGGUCAAGAAUGCGACAUUGACAGAUUUGGAAUAGCUUCUUGUCAAUGCCCACAAGUAUGCGAACCAAAAAUGCAACCAGUAUGCGGCUCUAAUGGAAGAACUUACGACAACGAAUGCGCGUUAAAGAGGCAAUCGUGUCUCUUAAGGCAAGAACUUACAGUUGUGCACAAAGGAGAAUGCGGUGAGCAUACACCGUGCCACACUCAUCACUGCUCCUAUGGUGCCAUGUGUGUGGUGAAAAAUGGGCAACCUGUUUGUGAAUGCCCAACUUGUGCUGAAGAAUUCGAGCCAUUCUGUGGCACAGAUGGAAUUUCUUAUACGAAUGCAUGCAAGUUGAAACGGGAAGCCUGCGAACAAAAAUCUGAUAUUAUUAUUGCUCACGAUGGUCUUUGUAAUGCUUGCUACGCCCAACAGUGUGAUUUUUAUGCCGUCUGUGAAAGCUUUGGACGAGGAGCAACUAGCUGUGUCUGCCCAGAAGUGUGCAUUAAAGUUGAAGCUCCAGUAUGCGGAACUGAUGGAGUGACUUAUCCAAAUGAAUGUGAAUUGCGAAUUGAAGCGUGUAGACGACAAGAGUACAUAGCCGUUGCUACUAAAGGACCCUGUGAAUCCUGCGAGCACGUCCAUUGCAAACAUGGCGCCAGAUGUGAUAACGGAAGGUGCGUCUGUCCGACAGAUUGCCCAACGGCUUUUGAAUUCGUAUGCUCUAGCGACGGCAAAACCUACAUGAGUGAAUGUGAAAUGAAGAGAGCGGCCUGCCAGAAAGGAAGAGAUCUUUCAGUACAAUUUUAUGGGAGUUGCGAAUCAAUAUCCAAAGAUACCGAAUCUGUAGAUGAUGAUUUACCGGCGCUCAAGAGAAGAAAAAUAAGCAGCUGUCAUGAAAAACAGUGCAAAUAUGGCGGCAUUUGCGAUUUCAAUGCGGAAGGGGAUCCGUUUUGUGUCUGCACUUUCCACUGCCCUGCGAUUAAAGAACCUGUCUGCGGAUCGGAUGGAAGAAUGUAUGAUAAUGAGUGUAGGAUGAGGGAAGAGUCCUGUCUCUUGCAAAAGCGUAUUGAAACUUCUGAGAGAGAAAACUGCUUGGAUCAUGAUGACAUACCAUGCGAUGGCGAACCUCCUGUAAUUGAUCCAGCAACCGGUAAAGAUUAUUAUUGCGGAAAAGGCCAUGGAUCUAAGCUAUGCCCUUCUAAAACUGUGUGUCAUAUGACAAGAUAUUUUGCAAAAUGCUGCAGAGAAGCCCUUCUGAUCAAGAGCUGCGAAGACACGCCAUUCGGAUGUUGUCCCGAUGGAAGGAGUCACGUGCUUGGUCCAAAUAAUGGAGGAUGCCCAAGCGUAUGUAACUGUAACAAAUUAGGAUCUUACAGUCUGACUUGUGAUCCAGUCUCGAAGCAAUGUCUUUGUAAGCCGGGUGUCGGAGGAUUGCGUUGUGAUCGCUGUGAACCAGGUUACUGGGGUCUUCAUAAAAUAUCCAGUGGCAACAGUGGAUGUGCGCACUGUAAUUGCAAUCCAUAUGGAUCUAUUCGAGACGACUGUGAGCAAACAACAGGCAGAUGUGUUUGUAAACAUGGUAUACAAGGUAUGAAGUGUGACAUAUGCCCACUUGGAACUAUCCUUGCACCAGAUGGUUGUGUAGAUGAAUCACAAGUGAAUAUCACUGCAAGCUCCUGUAAUGAAAUGGAAUGUUUUCAUGGGGCUCGCUGUGUAGAGAAAGAUUUCAUACCACAGUGCAGUUGUGAUUUCAAAUGCUCUCCGGAGGAUAGCAGAGACCCAGUGUGUGGAUAUGAUGGAAACACUUAUGGAUCGGAAUGCCAAAUGAGGCUCUUCAGCUGCAGAUACCAACGACCUAUAAACAUCCGAUACUACGGUAUUUGUAGAAAAGGAUACCAAACUGAACGAGAGCCUGCCACAACUUUAGCAUCUGUCCGGCUUCCAAAAAGACGUAGUUACGUGAAAAGACCAGACAGCAAAUCUACUCGAGAAGUGACGCAAAUGUUGCCGCAGAAUUUAUACAUGACUACUCGUAUACCCGCCAUGAAUGUCACAACUACUGCUUUACCAAUUCUAGCUUUCCCUCCAGAUCCUGAAAUACAAAUAGAAGUGCCAUCUUUUUCUGGAAGAACGUUUAUGGAGUUAUACAAACUAGAAGCAUAUACUCGAUUAUCCCUGGAAAUAGAGUUUAAGAGUUUUGCCAAUGAUGGAAUACUCUUAUACAAUGGCCAAACUUCUACUAAAUCAGGAGACUUCAUUUCUCUUAGUUUAAAGGAUGGUUUCGUUGAAUUCAGGUACAAUUUAGGUAGCGGUGCUGUGGUGCUCCGUUCAUUGCAAAAGGUAAUUCUUGGGAAAUACCAGAGAGUAGUAGCAAAAAGAUAUCUGAAGGAUGGAAUGCUUGCUGUCGAUGGGCAGGAAAGUGUAUCUGGAAGAAGUUUGGGCACAUUGAGCUCUCUAGAUUUGGUAGAGAAUUUAUUUGUUGGUCAUGUACCUGUGUCUUCUAAAAUAGUAUAUGCGAAUAUUGGCGUAGAAAAUGGCUUCAUUGGUUGCAUUCGGCGUUUGAAAAUUGACAGGCGAGAAGUGAAUCUGAAAUAUCCAUCUUCGAAAGAAAUUUUGAAAAGUUCAGGAUUAAGUGACUGUUCAGAAAACUCUUGUAGUGCUAUGCCUUGUAAAAAUGGAGGAACAUGUCUUUCUUCAGAGAAGUUGAAAUUCAAAUGCAUAUGCAAGGAUGGAUUUUCAGGUGAAAAUUGCGAAUUUGACCUUAAUCCGUGUAUUAGCAACCCAUGUGGGGACGGUUCAACAUGUGUUGUCCUUCCUGAAGGAAAUUAUGCUUGUAAAUGUUUGCCAGGAAGGUCUGGAAAACAAUGCAAUAAACCUAAGAAGGAGGCAAAAGAUCUUCUUAUACCCGAUUUCACAGGGCGUUCUUACUUGGAGUUACCUACCUUGCACAGUGUCAAACAAGCAUUUUCGAUGGAGAUUUGGUUUUUGCCUCGCACAGCUGAUGGUGUGCUUUUGUACGAUGGUCAGCUAUUGAACAAAAAAGGAGAUUUUGUCUCUCUCAAUUUGAAGAAUGGAUUUGUUCAUUUCCUUUUUAAUCUUGGAAGCGGAUCUGCAAAUAUUACAUCACGAAAGCCAGUUUCAUUGAACGAAUGGCAUUCUAUUAAAAUCAGCAGAUAUGGAAGACAAGGUACUCUUAAAAUAGAUAACGAUACAACAGUAACAGGCAAAUCUAAGCAACCACUCACAGAAUUGAAUUUGUCCCUGCCGCUUUACAUUGGUGGUGUACCGGAUUUGAGAUAUGUCCACAGGGAUUCCGGAAUUGAGAAAGGUUUUGACGGAGCAAUUCAGAGGAUCGUUAUGAAUGGAGAACCAUGGGAACAUUUAACAAGCAAGGCAGUUAGAGCUUCAGGAAUUCGAAAUUAUAAAGGUCCACCUUGCACUGAUGGUAUCUGCCUUCACGCUGGCGUAUGCGUUCCAGAAUUCAACUUAUACAAAUGUCACUGCAAUGCAAAGUUCAUUGGUGAACGUUGUGAAAAGCGCAUUCGUAAAAAGGACUUUCACCGCUAUGUGUCUUUUAAUGGUACCACGUAUCUAAGCUUCCCUUAUAAAAACACAAAAGGUUCCCGGAGCCGGAAGUCGAACCGAUUUCAGAUACGCUUCCGGACUCGCCAUUCCUCCGGCUUGCUGUUCUGGACAAAUAAAGGAUCCAGUCUGAAAGGUGAUUACUUAGCUGUCGCUCUGAUUGAUGGAUACCCAGAACUCAGCUACAACUUGGGUAGGCAAAGCGAGCACUGGGCUAUCAGGAGCGAUCAAAGAGUAAACGACGGGCUGUGGCACUCUCUCACUUUUCACAGAAAGAAACGUUUAGGUGAAAUACGUGUAGACAGAAACCACGUUGUAUCGAAUAUGUCUGAGCCAGGUGCUACGGAUUUAAACACUGAUGGCGUCCUGUGGAUAGGUAACAAUCACUUUUGUUGA